UACGGUUACCAGGAAAAGCUGCGCGGCUGUGUAGGGGUCGCAGGUGAUUUCGAGGCGUCUGGCGCGGCUCGGAGUCGCCAUGGAGAGCGGAGCGCGGCCGUCGCUCGGCCAGGUCCUCCUGUUGGGCACCAGUUCGAUGGUCACCGCCGUGCUGUACUCCAUAUAUCGGCAGAAGGCCCAGGCCGCCCAGGAACUCAAGGGAGCUAAGAAGAUUCAUUUGGGUGAAGAUUUAAAGGGCAUUCUUUCAGAAGCACCGGGAAAGUGUGUGCCUUAUGCUGUCAUUGAAGGAGCUGUGCGCUCUGUCAAAGAAACGCUCAACAGCCAGUUUGUGGAAAACUGCAAGGGGGUGAUUCAGCGGCUGACUCUUCAGGAGCAUAAGAUGGUGUGGAACCGAACAACCCACCUUUGGAAUGACUAUUCCAAGAUCAUUCACCAGAGGACUAACACUGUGCCCUUUGACCUUGUGCCCCAUGAGGACGACGUGUCUGUGUCUGUACGAGUGCUGAAGCCCCUGGACUCGGUGGAUCUGGGCCUAGAGACUGUGUACGAGAAGUUCCACCCCUCUGUGCAGUCCUUCACUGAUGCCAUUGGCCACUACAUCAGCGGUGAGCGGCCCAAAGGCAUUCAGGAGACAGAGGAGAUGCUGAAGGUCGGAGCCACCCUCACAGGGAUCGGUGAGCUGGUUCUGGACAACAACUCUGUCCGCCUGCAGCCCCCCAAGCAAGGCAUGCAGUACUAUCUGAGCAGCCAGGACUUCGACAGCUUGCUGCACAGACAGGAGUCGAGUGUCCGACUCUGGAAGGUUCUAGUCCUGGUGUUCGGCUUUGCCACCUGUGCCAUCCUCUUCUUCAUCCUGAGGAAGCAGUACCUUCAUCGGCAGGAGCGCCUGCGCCAGCAGCAGCUCCAGGAAGAGUUCCUUGAACAUGAGGCCCACCUGCUGAGCCAAGCCUCACCUGAGGACAGGGAGAGUCUGAAGAGCGCCUGUGUUGUGUGUCUGAGUAGCUUCAAGUCCUGUGUCUUCCUUGAGUGCGGGCACGUGUGUUCCUGCCGCCAAUGUUAUCUUGCCUUGCCAGAGCCCAAGAGGUGCCCGAUCUGUCGGAGGGAGAUCACCAGGGUGAUACCCCUGUAUAACAGCUAGGGGUCUUGUGGUCACAUGGCAAGUGUCCCUCCCCUUGUCACGGUCUGUCUUGAGGCCUUUUGGUGGGGUGGCUGUACCUUCAUGUAUGAUGGAGGGGACACCAGCGAGCUGUGCACCUCCAACAGCUGGGGGUUGCUUCUCAACUUGGACCUGGGGGGGGUCCCAUGGUGAGGGCCCCUUCUCAGGAGCUAGAUCCAUGUGUAUGACUGAAUAAGACCAAUUUGUUGUCCAGGCUCCGUGGCCAGUCCUCUCGACUCCUGCUCCCUAGGGUGUGUGUAUGUGUGUGGCAGGGGUGAGUUGGUUAGCCUGGGAAGAAGGGCCUUACAGUCUGGCCUCUUGGGAGACUGCCCAGACUCCUCUACAUGCUUCUGCUCAGGGGAAAGAAUUUCUAAAGACUUGUCAGGUGGGCAGGCCACAGUGUCUUCCUUACUUGCUUACUUUACUGAGUAAUGUUUGCAUAUGUGUGAAGACAGCAGGUCAGCCAUCUGCUUGGCCCAUCUGGGUGGGGCACAGGUCAGCAGGAGGACAGGAGGCUCUUCUAGGUGUUUUAGGUGGUAGGCAGCCUGGGUGUUUGCCUUUGACACAGGGAAGGCACUAGAGCUGAGGACGUGGGACUGUUGCCUGGCUUCCCAGGCUGCUCCAGUUUCCCAUAGAGAUGUCAUUAAACGAGAGUGAAGGCUGCUGCUGCCCUGGCCUCUG